AGCAACAUGGCCAGUCAUCGAUUCGUUCCAUCUGUCAUGUACGCUGUGAAUUUCACCAGGCCAGACUCCGGCUGGCCAUUGGGCCAGGACCAGGAGGAGCACGAGUACUUGGAGCACAGCGACGAGUGCAUCUUCCAGCGGAGUCAGCCCUCGGUGGCGCUCUUUGUGCUCUACGGACUGGCCGUUCCCACGCUAUCCGCCUUUGGUCUCUGCACGAACUUCAUCAAUGCGAUGGUCUUCAUGAGGCCCAAGAUGACGCCGUCGGCCUUCAGCUAUUUGGCGGCCCUCUCCUGGAUGGACUGCAUCUCCUGCCUGCUCAUCACGAUGACCGCCCUGUCCAGGAGUUACUUCUACAACAGUCCCGCCUGGAUCGCUUACGAUUACCAGUGGCAAACGCCAUUCUUCGGCAUCAGUACUGGAGCAGCUAACCUAAUCCUGGCCUGCCUCAGCCUGGAUCGAUUCACCUACCUCUCGAGCUUCAAAAGGAACAACGGUGCCCCUCGAUUUUGUCGUCGCAGGGUGGCCCGCUGUAUGAUACUUGUGGCCAUUGGCACAUCCAUAGUGGUCAACAUGCCCUACUUCUUUGUCUUCUAUGUGACCGACUCGGGAACCUGCCAUGUCACCGACUUCUACUACUCCAAGUUUUACAAGGUGCAAAACUGGUUUACCUUUGCAUUGCUAGCCCUUUUGCCAGCCAUUUUUCUGUUCAUCGGCAACACGGCCAUUAUAAUUGCCUUCCGAAAAUGGACGAAACAGAGCAGACUGUGUCAGUCCAGUGGAACCGCUGCCAAUGGCCGCACCACCGCCAAGAGAUAUCAGCACCAAAUGAAGCUGACGAUCAGCAUUGUGAUUGUGAUAACACUGUACUUAAUUGGCGAACUUCCCGCCCACAUGACUUCCAGGAAGAGCUCCUUAAAUCUUUUAUUCGGCGGCGAUGCCAACAAGGUGAAUGAGUCCAUCAUGGAGCAGCUGGAGGUGAUCUGCAUUACGCUAAAUGCCCUGCAAUUAUCCCUAAAUAUAGUGGUUUAUGCGGUGAUCAAUCCUUCAUUUAUGCCGGAGUUUUUCCUGUGCCUCAAGGGAACCUCUGACGUGUGCUUUGGCUUGUGUUGUUUUCGGGCGCUGCGGAGGCUUUGGAGGCGAUGCCAGGCAAGAAGACAGCAACAAGUGGCGGCGGAGGAACGCGUUGUCAGCAGUGUGAGUCCCCAGCAUCUGCCGGUGGAUGAAGCUCUGCCCUGCGGGUGCGAGAGUUGGGCCAGUGACUCCGGCUGCAGGAUCAAUGCCCAUUGCAAAACGGCGGUGGGCACAUUUACCCUGAAGGAUGGCGAGCACGACGAGGAGGUUCAUUGCCAUCACGAGCCGGUGGUCUUCACCACCAGAUCGAGCGCCUGCCUCCACACCAAAGACUCCGCUCCCGACGAGGAUUCCAUAUUCAGCUCUAGCUUUAUUAUAAUUACUUAA